UGGUGCGUUUGGAUCUCGUCCCUUAGCUGUGACGUCUCGCCGGCUUUCUCAAACUUUGAGUUGUAUAACAUGAUCCGUCUGGGCGUCCACCUCAGCCCCAGCUCCACCGCCUGGAUGAGGCCGCUCAAGUUUGACUACAGUGACUUCACCUUCAGCCCCCCCUCUGUCUCGGUCUCUUUGAAAGAAGACCAUCUCACGGUGAAGGUGCAGUUCCCCUGUGCCACCAACAGGAGGUGCUCUCUGGGGCGCUGCUGUCCCAUCUCUGAACUGAUCCACCCAUGGACCACUGUGACUGUGUACAAUAAGCAAAAUCACUCUGAGUACCAGAGACGCACGGUUUGGACCCAGGAGGUGGUGUCCCACGUGGAGUUCUCCGGCUUGGCUGCGGGUCAGAAUUACUGCGCUGUGGCCAACUUCUCCUUCCCAACGUUCUCCAUGGCGGCUUCUCCAAAGUCUUCCCCUCAGUGCGUCCAGACCGUUUCCCAAUCAGUGCUGCUGCCCGCGGUGUGUCUGGGAAUCGGACUGACUUCUCUGCUCCUUGUUCCUCUCCUCGCUGUGUUUCUGAAAAGACCUAAACACACUGCACUAACCUCUGAAAAUCAACCUGAGACUCUGGCCUCUGUUCAGGAUCCAGACUCUUUGGUUCCUCUUUCCCCGGUCCCUGUGGACCCUUGUGACAUCCAGCUGGAGUUUGACGAUACAUAGACAAUGUCUACACUGCUGAGACUUGAGAGAGGUUUGGGUGAACCCAUCUUGAUCACUUUGGGGGGAAGAAACGUUGAGCUAAUCCCAGGAUGCAGUGGCGAGCCCUGUCAACAUGACGAAAUAAAGUCAGCUGAUGUGAAGGAGAAUAAUGUCUGAGGUAGGUGGACAAAGGCAGGAUUUUACGCACAGUCGAACUCCUGUGAGACAGACUAAGAUUUAAAUUCUCCAUCCUAUCCUUCUCCAACAAGGAGCAAACCUCGACACACGGUAUCAUAAUCCCAGCUAUGUCUCUACUAAGGAUAACUAUGGGACACAUAGAAGACCCAUCUGAGUGUUGUUCAAUAAGGGUAGCUGUCAUUGGGGGUCUGAAAGGCUUCUCCACGUCCAUGUGAAGUUUUAAAAGGAGAAGGGAGUUGAAAUGUCUGACAGCACAUUUUUUUAACUGAUAUACUCAUAUUUAUUUUAAUGAUUGUUAUCAAACAUGUUAAGAAAUACAAAUAUCUGUCAAUAUAUGCAAACUAGUUUCUUUCAACCUAUGGUCACUAGCUUCGUUUACAGACUGAGAUAGCAAAGUUAGCAAACUGUGCUAAGAUGUCUUUCAUUAAUGGAUACAUUUUUUAGCUCUGAACAGGCUGUUAUGUACUUUAUAUUUAUUCAUUUCAUCUUUGAAUAGUCCAUUACUACCAUUGAAUGAAGAUAAAAGGUCAUGACCCAACUUUGAAUUCCUCGCUGAAAGCCACCAAAUGACCUCUAACAUGUAAUUCUGUUUAGCUGGCGCCUGUCAUCCCAUUUUAAUCAUGUAAGCACAUUCCUCUGGCUCUCACUGCCUGUCCGAUCUGAGUCAGAAAGAGAAAUUGGGUCCGAGGAUCGACUGCUGAGUGAGAACUUCCAAUGGAGCAGCAAUAGUUUAUCUGACACGUCCAAAAGUAGCUGUUUUUCUGUGCAUGUACCACAGAUUCAGUGAAACGUCUAAAUCUGGAUGUGGUUCUUCCCCCUCUGCGUUUUUGUGCCGAGGUCCAGUGACACUCAACAGGCCGGUUCAAAACCAUAAGCUUCAUAAACAGGAAUGCCUGACCCCCCACGCGCAGCCAACAGCUCCUUUUAAAGUGAUAACAGAGGGUAACUUUUUCUAUCAUUCCUCGCUCUCUCUGACUCACAGUUGCCUCCUCUUACCCGUGACUGACGCCUCAUUCUGCCUCCUGCAUGAAAACAAGAAACAUCUUGACAUCUCGCUUUUUCUGCCUUCUGUUUUGCUGGUGUUGCAUUCUUUCCGCAACAUUGGGGAGCCUUUGGGGGUUUGGCCAUCCAGCAUUGUUUGUUUCCCCUUCUACCUUUUCCAGAGUCCACAGAGACCUGGGGGGUUGUCCAAAGCUCAACGUACAAGUAUGGCUUUUAUUAAUAAGCAUAGUGCUGAUUAUGCUCGUGGAGAGAUGAUUAACGCAUGAAGCGAGAAGCUGGCUGUGAGCUCGAGCACCUGACUACACAACAGUGGAGCUGUGUGUUGGACCUUUGUUUUUGUUCUGCUAUGUGCUGUAAUUCCUCUGAAUAUAUCAAAGCCAUUGCGUAGACAAA